GAAAUAGUUAUACUCUCAAUCUCAUUCCAUACGUGCUCGUCCAUAGCCACACAAUACAUUUCUGCGUGCGCGCUCCCAUCAUCAGCCACCAUACCCCCCUCUCUGCUGUAUUUUCAGACUGGAGCUACUGAAGCUCGAUGCUCAUACCACCGAGUCGCUCCGCUUUGGACACCCACCCUUCUCCACCGCACCGCCGCCUCAGCUGGCGGAGAAUUUCCGUCUGGGUACAGGAAGAUGGUGGGAGUGACGGGAGCUGCCUUGUCUUCCCCUGGAUAAAUCGGGAAAACACAUAAAAACCUGUUUUUAUUAGCCUACUUAGGCUACCCGGACCCGGGCAAUAGGGAGGUAACCUUAACCGUCACCGAACCUUUCGAACGGAAGAGGACGCGAACGCAACAAGGAGUGGACUCUCUCGGGCUAUGCUUCUUCUGGGCACAUGCAUGCAGCAUAAUCUCGAGCUAUCCAGACUUGAGGAAUUUAUGGAACAGACAGCCAGCACAUUUCGCGAACUAUGUCUUAUUCGUUGGUAAUUGAAUAAAGGGAAGCAGGAUCAAGGAUAUAUUGUUUCUUCCUCAUGGGAAUUCGGUAUUCCUUUGGGGAAAGCAAAGAGGAGGAAAUUCACAGAAUCUCUCCAUGCACUCCAUAGUUAUUCUCUACUCCACGCGUUUACAGUCCUGGCUACUUCUGUAGCCUACGACGAAGGAACCACGGCCUGGGAAAAAGUUUCUAGGCUUUGGAUACAGAAGGGAGCACAGUAGUGACGUUUCUGGAUACGUUUUUGCUUCAAUUUUAAACUGCAGUUUUUGUUUUUAAAAGCCUGUCCUGUUCAUUGGAUAGGCCUAUCCUAUGGAAAAUGUGAAUAUUCGAUAGGAAUAUUUAGUAGACAUAACUUGACAGUUUUGUAUUUCAGUCUAUAUAUUUAAUAGACUAUUCAUACAAGGGUGGGUGUUUCUCAUAGCUUUCUGUUUUGCCAACUCUUACCAACAAGUUUGUUCAAGACUCCAGCCUAGUAAAAGGAGUUGGCUUAUUUCAGCUCAGCUGUCAUAUUUUGGGUACUUAUCUCUCGAUUUAAAAUCGCUUUUCAAGGUCUCAUAAUUACUGUAUCUGUACAGUCCCUGUCGUCUUGGAAGUGGGGAUAUUACCGAUGUAGAGAUCCGUAGAGGGAGGUCAGGAAAGGACGGGGCUGGAGCUGGGAAUAGGCCCGGCUGUGGAAGAACUACAGACUGGGUAUGGGGGGACAGCUAGACCGCUAAACGGACGCUGCCUGCCUGGCUGCUGGUUUUGGGUGGUCGUGAACCAACCGACCCACCCACCUACCUACCCGACCCGACAGCCAAAGUCUAACUCUUCAGCUUGGCUAGUAUAACACGAAAGUAUUCACCCACACUAGGGCUUUGAAAUAGUCCGAAAGGGAAAGGAGGACAUGCUAUACGAGUUUAUGCUAUGAAUGUUAGCCUAUUAUUUUCAACUGUUGACUCAUGUAACUAAAACGGAAAGAGGAUAACGCUUGUUUUUUUUCCAAGGGAAAGGAACUUUAAAGUGACUUGUUUUGGAGCGGGUGCUCCGAUAAGAUAAGAAGGGACCGAAGCUGUAACUUUGUCGCAAUUUUCUAGCCAUGUGUAGCUUGUUAUUGGAAUGAGUGGGACAACAAUCUACUGUGUAUAGCCUACAACUCCUAAACAAGACACACACAAUAUGGGUCGUUUUGGACAUGGAAACAUUAUAUAAAUAAUGUUCUCUUUUCAGAUUGUGUGUGUAUUAAAAUGUAAUAAUAACAUGGGGACAUUAUUUUGAUCAUCAGUGAAGAAGACACGUGAGGACUUCUUGAGAGCGAGGCUCGAGCUGUCACUGGCGGCUGUCAAAACACUGCGCGUGGUGUGGAAUAAAAAGUGAAUAUUUGAACAACUGAUCCCAGAUUGGCUUUUUAAACCUGAUAAAAAUCGUAAUGUGAUAACAAAAAAAACGUAAUAUAUGGGAAGGAUGUAUAAAGAAGGGGAGAGGAAAGACGAAAGGACUUUCAAUUAUUUCAACUGCCAGAUGAGAGCGAGCAGAGCAGCACACGAGUACAAAGUGGACAGCGAGGGCUUCCAAAGGCAAGGGACGAAUUAAUGGAAUGUGACUGCUGACGUAAUACAGAGGUCGGGAUAAUGAACUACUCAAGAGCCUGGAACGGUCCUUUUUAUAUGAGUGAGUAGGCCUAGUUGGCUACAUUCGUGCGUAGCCUAGUAGAAAUACGUAUUUUUUGUACACACGAUAUAUCAAGUCGUGAUUACAACCAUCACCUUUCUUGCCUCUCUUUUUUGCUCACUCUCCUGUCUAGUCUUCCUCUGCCAGAUGUUUCACUUAGUACUGUUACCUCAUUGCCCGCGCACCUUCCGCCAUCAUUGAUCAGAUAUUAGUAUUUCCCCCUUCACGUCACUCCAGCCAUCAUAAUGGCCUUGCAGCCACAGCAACACCGGCAGCAGCAGCUUCUCCCACAUGCCACGGAGGUUAGCUGCGCCUCAAGCAGUGACGGCGCCGUGACUGUGCGGAUUAUCGACAACACUAGGCACACACAGCACGCGCCGUCGCCACAGCAUCGACAAUAUCAUGACUCUCCCCCAACCCCAACGACAAGGGACAGCAAUACCAGAGGAGGAGGGAGUGGAGUAGGUGGGUCUACCACUACCGCCAAAGGAGAUCCCUCCAAACCCUGCACCAAAUACAGCAUCUCCUCCAGCUGUAGUUCAGGGGAGUCGGGAGUUCGGAGGGCUGUUAUGAAUAAGUUACACAGCCAGCAGAAGACUCUGCCCCAGUUGUUUGAGAGGUCUGCUGCCCAGUGGUGGGACCCCAAGUUUGAUUCGCCGAUACUCGAAGAGGCGUGCCGCGAGAGGUGCUUCCCGCAGACUCAACGCCGCUUCCGCUAUGUUCUGUCAUACAUGGCCUCUGCCUCGCUCCUUUGGGGCGUGUAUUUCGGGGUCAACCACGACCGCUGUGACCCGGCGACCUUCCUCGCCCCGACCGCCUCCUUCCUCCUUUUCCUGCUCAUCCUCUUCCUCUUUACCUUGACAAGGCCCUAUGCUCACCUGUACAACCAGGCCUCGCUGCUCCUCAUUGUGACCACAUUCGCCAUCACUCUGGCUCCUCAGAUCCAGACAGGAGGCUUUGUCUACCUGGAGAGAACCAGGGAUGGCAACCAGACAUUCCCUCGCACCCCAGGCGGAGUGGGCCCUACUCGGGCUCCCUGCAUCUCCCCAGUGGGCACCUUCUCUCUGUGUAUGGAGGUCCUGCUACUACUCUACAGUGUUCUCCAUGUGAGGCUAUAUGCUUCAGUUUUACUGGGGCUCCUGUAUUCAGUACUAUUUGAAGCCUUGGAGUGGCUGCCCCUGCUCCAGGGGAGAGAUGGCAGUGGAGGAAAUUAUGGGGGGAAUAGGUGGGGUGAGGCUGGGGUUGGAGGUGCAGAAGAGUCCCUAGGUUCUGGAUCUAGUCCUGGAGGUCUUGGUUCUUCUAGCUUGGAAUGGGACACCCUCCGCUGGCUGUGCCCGGCUAAGGCCCUCCUCCACCUGUGUGCCCACGCCAUCGGCAUCCACCUCUUCAUCAUGUCCGAGGUGCGAUCCCGCUCCACCUUCCUCAAGGUGGGCCAGGCCAUCAUGCACGGCAAGGACCUGGAGGUGGAGAAAGCGUUGAAGGAACGCAUGAUCCACUCUGUCAUGCCGAGGAGGGUCGCCGAUGAACUGAUGAAGCAGGGGGACGAGGAGAUGGAGGGGAACGCAGGGAAGAGAUACUCUGCCGGGGCUUGUUCGGCUGUGUCCACGGUCGGAGGUCCUGGGGGGGCUUCUUCGAUCGCGGCGAGCCCUAAGAACCAUCCCCAUCAUCAUAGUCAUCUUAAGAGGAAGAAGACUUCGAUCCCCAGAGGCCAGAUCAUCUUCAGGCCAUUCAACAUGAAGCGGAUGGAGCCUGUUUCUAUCCUCUUUGCGGAUAUCGUCGGCUUCACCAAAAUGUCUGCCAACAAGUCCGCCCACGCCUUGGUGGGGCUCCUCAAUGACCUCUUCGGCCGUUUCGACCGGCUGUGUGAGCUGACGCGCUGUGAGAAGAUCAGUACACUGGGAGACUGUUACUACUGCGUGGCGGGAUGUCCCGAGCCACGCCCUGACCAUGCGUACUGCUGUGUCGAGAUGGGACUAGGUAUGAUCGUGGCCAUUGAGCAGUUCUGCCAGGAGACGUGUGAGACGGUGGACAUGAGGGUGGGGGUCCACACCGGCACGGUCCUCUGUGGGAUCCUGGGGAUGAAGCGGUUCAAGUUCGACGUGUGGUCCAACGACGUCAACCUGGCCAACCUCAUGGAACAAUUGGGCGUCGCCGGGAAGGUUCACCUAUCAGAGGCCACCGCCGGGUUUUUGGAUGAUCGGUACCAGCAGGAGGACGGGCGGGUGUUGGAGAGGGCGACGCAGGGCCUGAUGGAGAAACUGAAGGGGAUGAAGACCUACCUGAUCUCAGGGAGGAAGUUAGAGCAUUCUCAGUGUGGUUGCUCUCAGGACAUCCUGACCCCGUGCCCUCGCCCCCACACCUCUGCCCUCAUGCCUGGGGGGGCUGCUUCCCUCUGUGUGUCCUGCACUGUGAAUGGGGAGCAGACAGAGGAGGGGGCUGGACUCAAUGGAUGCCAGGAUGAACAUAAGACUAACAGCGCCAAGUUUACUCCAGGCUGCAGCCCCAGGGCUCUGAAUGGCAUUCUCAGUCCUCCACUGGAGGACUCGGUGAUGGCCAGCCAGAGCUCUCUAUGUGACAUGCUCCAGGAGAAAGAAAAGAAGACCAGUACGGGCACAGGGACGGGAACCAGCCUGGGUAUGGGGGGUCCAGGAGGGGCGGGACCGGGGGGCACAGGCAUGGACCACUCCGCCCUCAUCCCGCUACGCUCCAAGAACUUCAGGGAGAAGAGUGACGUCCAUUUUGUUGAUGUCAUCAAGGAGGACAGUCUGAUGAAGGACUACUUCUUCAAGCCUCCCAUCAACAAGCUGAGCCUCAACUUCCUGGAGAGACCUCUGGAGACAGCCUACCGCAUCAGCUACCAGGAGGAGGUGGAGACCCAGGCCCCGGUGCAGACCUUUGCCAGCCCUACCUUCAGCUCCUUCCUGGAUGUUCUCCUAUCCUGCUCUGUGUUCCUCGCCCUCACCUUGGCCUGCUUCCUGGUUCCCAUGGUCACUAUGGAGACGCCUCCGGCAACCGUCCUGGGAUUGGCUACCGCUGCUGGUCUGUUAGAGCUGGUCUCCCUGGUGCUGUCCAUACGUAUGACGUUCUACCUGGACAACGUGUUGAGCUGUACCCAGACCUUGCUGAGGGUGGUGUCAGGCUGGAUCCCCCGUCAUGUGAUCGGGGCCGUGCUGGUCUCACUUCCUGCCGUGUCCGUGUUCUCACACCUCGCCUGCAGCCUACACCUGCCCAUCCAGGUAACCAUGUUCCUGUGCUGUGCAGUGACCAUAGCCAUCAUCCAGUACUGUAACUUCUGCCAGCUGAGUUUCUGGAUGAGAUCUGCCCUGGCCACAGCUGUUGGUGUGGCUCUACUAGUGCUGCUCCACAGCCCCCUCAACAGGACAGGCUCCAGUAAUGACAGUUCUCCAGCGAUGGGUAACCUCACCAAUGAGACAUGGUCCACUCCAGAACCACGUCCAGAUGCCAUGGACCCCGUGAGACCCCUAGACCUACUGGUCCCAGAAGCAGUACUCACCUACUUCCUCCUCCUCCUAUUGGUCUGGUUCCUGAACCACGAGUUUGAGGUCAGCUACCGUCUCCAUUACCAUGGCAACAUAGAGGCCGACAAGCACCGCGUCAAGAUCCAGAACAUGCGGGACCAGGCCGACUGGUUGCUAGGCAACAUCAUCCCAAUCCACGUCGCCGAGCAGCUCAAGGUGACCCAGUCGUACUCCAAAAAUCACGACAACGCCGGGGUUAUCUUUGCGAGUAUUGUGAAUUUUUCUGAAUUCUACGAGGAAAGUUACGAAGGCGGGAAGGAGUGUUACCGAGUGCUCAAUGAGCUCAUCGGCGACUUCGACGAGUUGCUACGGAAACCGGACUUCGCCAACGUGGAGAAGAUCAAGACGAUCGGCGCCACGUACAUGGCGGCGUCCGGGCUGAACCCUCAACAGUGCAUUGACGACUCCCACCCAAACUCUAACCACCUGAGGGCGCUGUUUGACUUCGCCCUCGAGAUGAUGGGUGUUUUGGACGACUUCAAUAAAAACAUGCUAGGCUUUGGGUUUAAGCUCCGUAUCGGGUUCAACCAUGGUCCCCUGACGGCGGGGGUGAUCGGCACUACCAAGUUGCUCUACGACAUCUGGGGAGACACAGUGAAUAUUGCGAGUCGCAUGGACUCUACAGGGGUGGAGUGUCGGGUACAGGUGAGUGAGGAGAGCCACUCGGCGCUCAGUGGAAUGGGCUUAGAGUUUGACUACCGCGGUACCGUCAACGUCAAGGGCAAAGGUCAAAUGAGGACCUUCCUGUAUCCCAGGAGCGCUGAAAGAGGUGGGCAGCUAUUGGCUGAGCCUUGGCUACAGCCACAUCAAUUAGUUGCUGUUUUGCCCCCGGUGAAACCUGUCCAAUCACAGGCAACCGUUGGACCCGUGGGGAAGGGGACGCCGUUAAUACGACCAAGUCUGAUGCAAGUGCCAAUGCGCCAGCCCCUCCUCCUUUAUCCUCUUCUUACACUCCUCCCACAUCCUCCUCUUCCUCCACAUUCACCCCCCAAGCCUCUUCCAUAGGACCUCCUGUAGCUCCUUCAGGACUAGGGCCAGAGCCAGGCCCGGCCAAGCCCUGUGGGGUGAGGGCAGAUCGGGCAGAGGGGUACAGGGACGCUCCUCCAAUCCCACCAGGAAUCCCCCAAACUGGGGCUGGCCACCCCGCUGCUACGGGCACGGACCCUCACCCCCUUACCCUGGACCUAGACCCGGAGCUAGUACCCUGUACCUUGGCACAGCCUGAGGAAGAGGAGGAGGAGGAAGCGAAUGAGCUGACAAAGCUCAAUAAGGAGGAUUUCAUGUCACGCCUUUGAUCCAUCAAGUGCUGAUCUAGGAUCAGCUCCCCCUUAUCCAUAUAAUCCUAUUCAUUAUGAUUUUAAAGUCGAAACUGAUCCUCGAUCAGCACUCCUUUCUCUGAGCUGAGCUGAAGACAGAAGUAGCUACAGAUACAGAUUUGAAGGGAUGGGAGGAGUUUUUCCCCCCUAACUUAUCCAUUAAUCACCUUUCUGAACCAAAACAGAUGUUUUCACAUGAUGAAAUGUGACUGCAGACAGAGUGACCUUUGGACAUUGACUUGUAGUCAAGCUAUGAUGGCUCAUCACUUUUCUAUAGGAAGGGGGAGGGCUGUGUUGAGCACAGUUAUUGUGGCACAAUAUAAUGCAGGGGGAGGGAGGAGGAGGAGUAGAGAAAGGGUUUUUGCUUGUUGGUGUUGAGGUUUUAUUUUUCUUAUGCUUUGGUUGAUAUGUAAAGAAGUGCCUUCAGGACAAGAACCGUUAACGAACAAGAAAUGAAUAUGGAACAAAAACACAAAAAAGGUUGGAACAAUCUUUAGCAUGACUUAUUUUUUCUAUUUCAAACCUAGUCUACCGAUGAUGCUGUGGUUCUUUUACUACAAGUUGUUUUUUCAAUGCAAUUUAUUUUGUUAUUGUAUCGUUAUCGUUUGUGCCAUAUUCAGUUUUUCACUUGAUCAGUUGUAGCCUAUUCGCCUGACCGUAAAGGGAAAUAAAUGACGUGCCAGACAGUGGUGGAUCAUGGGUAAGAAGCAGGGAGUUUUGGGUAGAAUAAGGGAAUGACAAAAAGCAGUGUUAUUGGUGUUUCUGCUUUGAGACGAUGGCUUAGAGUGUUUGUGAUGUGCUACGUGGACCCAAUACUAAAGGGAAAACCAACAUAGGGAUUUAUCUUCACACUGACGCUUUUUUAUGUCCAACUUUUCAGGAAACACGUUUAAAAAAAAAAAAACUUCCGUACAGCUUCUUUAAGUGGUCUGUGGAACAUAACUGUAAGAACCACAGAUCUCCUCACUGGGUCUCACACAACUUCUCCUAGACCUCUCCUAAAUGGAAAUGGCAAAUUGGGAUGGUAGCCCAUACCAAGCAGUCUUGACAGUAAGAAAACUGAACACAUACGUUAUAGCACUCUCAAGUAACGAUUAUACUCUAACAAGUAUACUGAAAAAGCACAAAUCUAAAAAUCGUUUAAGGGAAUCAUAGUGUUGGAAAUUAAAGGGACUAUUUGGUUAUAUCAAAAUGGGAAAGCACUUAAAAUCUUUAGGGAAAAUAUGUGUUAAAAGUAUGACAUUCGCCAAAAGGAACAGAAUUCAUUACAAACAGUUUAUUAACAUGUUAUAACACGUAUUAAUGUGUAUUGAAGUGAAAACUCAAGUUUGUAUGAAGUUCUCUCCAUUGUGUUAGUUGCCACAGAAACAAAUGAUUUUAACCGACACCAGAUUCAACCAAUGGCUAAUCACGGCUGCCUUUAGCUUUGUGUGACAUGCUGGUUGGGGUGGGACGUUUGAUCUUUUAUCCAAUCACAGCCUCUGCAUGAGGGAGGCUCUACUGUAUUAAUGUACUUAAAAUGUGCCACUUUCAUCAAGUUAUUAUUUGGGUGCAAUGCAACCUAUAUUUUUCAAAGUUUUCCUUUUCGAGUACAUUUUUUGUAGUGCCUAAAAAAUAUAUUUUUUGUUGAGUUAGUAUGAUGAUGAUAGCAAUGAUGAUGAUGAUUGUAUGUUUUAUGAAAUGAUGAAUCGCCUUGAGCAGUUCCAACUGCAACUCCUGUUUUGAGAAAAUCAACAUCUUGCUCACUUGGUUUUUUCUUUCUCUCUCUCUCUCUCUCUCUGACUGAUUCUCUGUGAAUUCUAUGUGAAGGGUGGUGUGCCCAAGGUCUCUUCCGUGCUCCCUCGCUUUUCUCUUUUCUCUCACCUUGCCUUUUCCCCUCUUUUCUGCUCAAGCUUUUACUUCUGAAAGGAAGGGUCUAUAGGGGAUUCAUCUGUAGACCUGUCACUUUUGUGUCUUACAUUUCAGACAGAAAGUAGUAGGAAAAUCUGUGUGUAUGUGUGUAUGUGUGCGCGUGUGCUUUUCCCCCCAAGUCUAUUUGACUAAGGAGAAAGACUGAAAGUUGAAGUUGCCCCAUGGUGCUGAUCAAGGGUCAGUUUUGUGUUUUAAUUCCUAAUGGUCGAUGCUCGGACUUGGAUCUGAUGAGUAAUCUUUUGGGAUACCUCUACUCUAAACUACAGGGAGAACCAAUAAGAGCUAGUUUAAGGGUCUUUAAGUGGGCUAUCAGACAAGUUAUAAACAUAUGAUACGAAUCAAAGCAGAUGGCCUAUAACUUCAAGGUGAGUGCCCAUAGAAAGAUCUAGAAAUAGUAUUAAAUCAGAAUUAAGUGCUAUAUGUUGUUCAUAUUAUGCCAAUGUACCCUUGCCAGAAUUGAGAGUCUAUUUAGAGUUUGGGACUUUUGUUUACCUACCACCAAUAUGUACUUCUGAUAUGUCAGUGCCUUUUAUUAUUAGACAUCUUGUGUGGAUGUAGUUUGGUGGCUUAUUGUCAGCCUUCUUGAUAUUUUUAUCCUCAAAUGCCUUUCCACUUCCAAUAACUUUGUAGCACAUUCAUAGGUUCUAUAUAUCUGACUAUAGCUAAUAAUUCGACACACACCAUUUUUAUAUUAUGAAUUAAAGUACUUUGGAUUUUUGUAUUAAAUAUUUGGAUAUAUUUUUAUUUAUCACACUUGAAAAAAAAAGCCACACUUUAUCUUUCACUUCCACAGAAGCAUACCGCAUUUACCAUCAAUCGUGUAUCUAUCUGGUUUAUGAUUACUUAAGUAAGUGUUUGUGCAUUGAAUCACACUUGUAUUUAUGUUGGUAGUUAGAGUGAGGCGGAGUACAGUAGCGAUUUGUAUUGAGUUUGGAGUGAAAGGGCACAGUAACCAAGACUGGUAUCCAAGGGACAAUAUUUUUUUUAAAGGGAACUAGGCAGAACACGGAGGAGGGACAUAGGCAUGCCACCCUCUUACUAAAACCUUCACCAAUACUGAGAAAUAAAAAAGGGAAUAGAAGUCAAAACUAAACUGUCUCCAACUCUGUGCUCUCUGGUAAAAAGGGAGGAAUGGGCGGGAAUGACUUUGACUUUGCUUGUUUGAGUCUGACAUUUUCACCACUUUGCUCUGUGUGUGUGUCUUUGUUCCUGUGUGUGUGUGUGUGUGUGUGUGUGUGUGUGUGUGUUUGCGUGUGUGUGUGUUUGCGUGUGUGUUUGCGUGGACAUACUUAUGCUUUUUGCUACUACUUCUCACCCAUACACUCCUGCAAUUAGCCAUUGAUUUCUUUCUUUGCCUCUUGACAUUUCUAACCGACCUCAGGGUUUGUUUGUUAGCUUUCAUGACAUGGAUAAAGCCUCCAGAAGUCUAUUUUAAUUGAGCCCAAGUAGUAUAAUUCAAAAUAAUAUAUAUAUGCCAUUUAGCAGACACUUUUAAACAAAGUGACUUACAGUCAUGCGUGCAUACAUUUUACAUAUGGGUAGUCCUGGGAAUCGAACACACAAUCCUGGCAUUACAAGCGCUAUGCCCUACCAACCAGGCCAUACAGGACCCAACUAAGCCAUACAGGAUAAUUAUGCUAUACAAUAUCUAAUACGAAUUGGGAGACAAAAGCCAACAACGAACAAACAAAUUAUUCAGUAAUUAACAUAAGCUUUAACAAGGAUGCAUGGAACAGAUAGAUGAAAUAUAUAUUGUUUGAACUGAACCAGUGUCUGGGCCUGUGUUUCUUUUUACAGAAAAAGUCCUUUUACCAGGCCUUCACUCUAGUAAGUACAAUUUGAAUUGUUGAGAAAAUAUUGUUUUUCUUCUUCUUUUUACUGUUUGGGGUGCAGAUGUACUAAAUAUUUGUGGGUGUGUUCGCACAUUCAAACUAUCAUCACAAGCAAAAAAAAGUUGAUAAUUCACUCGCGAUUAAAUUGCACACUCACUUUCUUUCACUGCUAUGGUAAAUGAACUAUAGUAAAUUAGCACCAUGUGUUAUUUCCACACUGGGGAUAACGAUAUUGGAAAAAACCAAAGUGUUUUAAUUUGUUGAUCUGAGAUGUAUGUUAUUUUGUUUUUUUGCUUGUUUAUAUUUGCCUUUUUCAAUCAGUCAGUGUGCUAUUGUUUGUUUAUUUGUUAUUGUGCACAUUAACCGUAUCCAAUGUAUCAUUUUUAAACACGAUGAACAUAAUCUGUAUACAUUUGCACAAGGCACUCACUAUGUAUGUACAUAUGCAAUAUGUAUUUGAUGUCACAUUUAUGAUUUUGUUUCAACUUUUUGUACAUGUGCCUGAGCCAGAUUUUGACUUUUUGUGAAAAUCGAUGAACAGGAGAACACUUCAAUAUCAAACUGUUUUGUCGUCUGCCUGGCUGUCUGGGUGACUUUGUGAGUGAUAUAUUACGUAUGAUCUUUCAAGGGGCUUGUCAAAAUAAGUAUUUUAGAUGCUGCAAGUGCGGCAAUAUUUCUACCAUAAUUAUGACAACCACCAAUCCCCUGCAACUAGCAUAAGUACAAUAGUAAUAUAUUUUGGUCCUUAAUUCAAGAACCUGAUGUUAAUGUGGAGACCUAUUAGGCUUAUUAGACAGUCCAAAGUCCAUCACACUGUCAUUGAUUGGGGGGAUAGGAGGAGGAAAGCAGCAUUUUGUGCCAACAUACACAGGAGAGAUGAGGCCAGUGGGAAGGUAGGCCUGGCAGGUAAAUCAAGAAAGAAAAGUACAGAAAUUAAAGGAUCCAAACUUUUGUUUA